AUGGAUCACAACAGUAUAGCAGGUCACCGGCUCAUCUUGAGCAGAAAGAAGGGCGAGAGAGAGGUAUCUGGAGCUGGUGUAUUGAAAGUUGGGGCUUGGCAUCCCGUCGCGCCUGCCAAGCUCCAUAUCUGUCAACUUCGUCUCAUGCAUUCACCCUUCAGCAUCACCAAGGCUAUUUUUAUCCCGCCUAAGAGCAUGCUCGAUGAGCCCAGAGUUUGCUCUAGUACGAGAACUACUGAUCUCCCACCAACUAUGAAAAGCAAAAUGGGCAAACCUUUUGAACACAAAACUCCCUCGAAAUUUUCUCCACAUCCCAGCCACCUUUUCAGUAGCCUAUCACACCACUCGCACGCUUUCAUCUUCUACUCUUCCUUGCUACCUUCGCCUCCUUGCCACAUCAUUUGGCCCGCUUUAGUAUUCGCGCAUUUAUCUCUUUGCUCCCACUCUCGGGUCUACCUAUGUCUCCCCAGGAGACUCACCUCCGUUCUCUACGCAAACUCGCCGCCACCACCUCAAUACAAUUGGAUGCUUGAGAUACCUGAAACUGACAGCGUGGCAUUCGCUCCCAAUAGCCGAAAUCAUCACACAUUCUCCCCAAAUAGCAUCCUAAAAUGCGACAUUCCCAGGCAGGCCUUCGUCCCUAUGUCCAAUUCCAGCUGCUUCAAUGUGGCGUUCUCUCCAUUGAUUUCAAGUGACUCCAAAACCGCGAUUGAGAUAGAGGGCCCAGGGGAUCAUCUUUCUAAGUUCCCAAGCAUCAUGCCAGGCCUAGCCUGCAGGCUGCACUUAGACUUUGCGAUGGUCUUUCUCCCUAUGACCUUCACGCCUCUGAGUCAGGAUAUCAAAGCACGUACUGUUUAA